UCGCGCGCCGCAGCCCGGGAGAGUCAGAAAGGCGAGGGGCGCCGGGAGCAGGCGUGUGGGACUCCAGACCGGAGAGCCGGAGGCUGCGCCUUCCCCGCACCGGGACCUUCACGGCACACCAGAUCCUAAUCCCUGCCCCGUGCGAGCACCCAGGAUGACCACCACCCUCGUGUCUGCCACCAUCUUCGACUUGAGCGAAGUUUUAUGCAAGGGUAACAAGAUGCUCAACUACAGUCCUCCCGGUGCCGGGGGCUGCCUGCUGGACAGGAAGGCGGUGGGCACCCCUGCCGGUGGGGGCUUCCCCCGAAGGCACUCGGUCACCCUGCCCAGCUCCAAGUUCCACCAGAACCAGCUCCUCAGCAGCCUCAAGGGCGAGCCAGCUCCAGCUCUGAGCUCUCGGGACAGCCGCUUCCGAGACCGCUCCUUCUCAGAAGGGGGCGAGCGGCUGCUGCCCACCCAGAAGCAGCCGGGGAGCGGCCAGGUCAACUCCAGCCGCUACAAGACGGAGCUGUGCCGUCCCUUCGAGGAGAACGGAGCCUGUAAGUACGGCGACAAGUGCCAGUUCGCGCACGGCAUCCACGAGCUCCGAAGCCUGACCCGCCACCCCAAGUACAAGACGGAGCUGUGCCGUACCUUCCAUACCAUCGGCUUCUGCCCCUAUGGGCCCCGCUGCCACUUCAUCCACAACGCUGAGGAGCGCCGUGCCCUGGCCGGGGCCCGGGACCUCUCUGCUGACCGUCCCCGUCUCCAGCAUAGCUUUAGCUUUGCUGGGUUUCCCAGUGCCGCUGCCACCGCCGCUGCCACGGGGCUGCUGGACAGCCCCACGUCCAUCACCCCACCCCCCAUCCUGAGCGCCGAUGACCUCCUGGGCUCGCCCACCCUGCCCGAUGGCACCAAUAACCCCUUCGCCUUCUCCAGUCAGGAGCUGGCGAGCCUCUUUGCCCCUAGCAUGGGGCUGCCCGGGGGUGGCUCCCCAACCACCUUCCUCUUUCGGCCCAUGUCUGAGUCCCCUCACAUGUUUGACUCUCCCCCCAGCCCUCAGGAUUCUCUCUCGGACCAGGAGGGCUACCUGAGCAGCUCCAGCAGCAGCCACAGUGGCUCAGACUCCCCCACUUUGGACAACUCAAGACGCCUGCCCAUUUUCAGCAGACUUUCCAUCUCAGAUGACUAAAACCAGGGUAGGGAGGGCCGCCCCCCCGCCUAUCCAACCCCCCACCCCGACCCCGCACCCACAUCCCCUACCCUUCCCUCCCUACCCAUCCGAUUCCUGACAAACCCCUACAUUAACAAGGUUAAGCUCAACCCCUUUCCCCCAGGACCUUGGAAUGCCCCCUCCCUACCUUCUCUUUAAACGCCCCUCCCCCCCAACAUAAGGACAAGUCAAUUUGUCAAUAGCUUCUUCUGGCUAGAACCCCCCCACCUCAGUUUUAUAGCCCACUUACCAUGCAUAACAGACAAGUCCCAUAUUUGUCAGUAGAUGCGUUUUUUUUCCAGCUUAAGCCUUAAGUGCCAAAUCACAAAAGAAAAAGCAGUAACAGUUUACAGAAGCAACUUAGUGCCUUGUGAUCUAACUUUGUCACUGUGACUACAUUACCUCUUCAGCGCCAGAGGGCACCCGUGGGCCUCCCUGAGCCCGUGCCCAGGGGGAGGGGGAGGGGGAGGGGCGGGGAAGGUGGGGUACUUAGAACCAGCAGCUCCCUCCACUGGCAACACAAAUGCACCUUUCCUGAUUUCCAGUCUCCCACACACUUCCUUCUCCCCUCUCCCCAGUAACCCCCCCGCACCCGCCUUGGGAGAGUUGUUGCCAGACUUGGGUUUUUGGGGAAACCUAGCUUGACAUUCAAAACCUUUUUCUUCCCGACCUGAACCUCUGUUGACUAAUCUUGCCUGGGUUCGUGUAGGUCUGCAGGAAGGAAGACUGCAAAAGUGGAUGAAGAUUGUGACAUAAGUGGGACUUUGUGAUUUAAUUUUUUUUUCUUUUGUUUUAAGUGGGGAGGAAGGGGAAGCUAGAUGGACUAUGAGAGACUUGAUUUUGGUGCUAAAGUUCCCCAGUUCGUAUGUGACAUCUUAAAAAAAAAACAACAAAAAAAUGAGAGAAAAGCUUAAAAACAUGUAAGGGGUGAGCAGUUAAUGGUAUUCAUUC